AUGUCCUACCUGGACGGCUUGAACCUCGGAUACAGCUUCAACAACAAUGUAUCCGAGGGACUUCCCGACGCCGCACAGCAGUCCACGGCAUCCCCGCCGUCCAACAAUCCCCAUCAGACAUCGCAUCGCAGCAGCCAGCAUCGACCGUCAUCGCAAGGCAGCGUCACCGUCUAUCAGACCACCGGCCCCGACGCCCACACCAGCCCGAUCCAGGCACCCGGGAGCAGCACUCCGGCCCUGAACCCGCGAUCAUGCGUCACCUGCCGCCGUCGCAAAGUCCGUUGCGACAAGCAGAUGCCCUGCUCCAAUUGCCGCCGAGCUCAGAUCCCAUGCGUCUUCCCCGCCCCCGGUCGGGCACCGCGGCAGCCGCGCCCAAGAGACCCCAAUGCGCCCCCAAAGAACUCGAGCCAGCGCGAGAUUGAGCUGAUGAAGCGCCUGAGGAAGCUCGAGGGCAUUGUCGAGGAGCUGAGCGGCCAGAUCGAGGUCGAGUCCGGGGGCAAGGGUCCCUCGUCGGCCAACUCGCCUGAAGCUGCGCAUGGAGCGCAGGCCUCAAACAUUGAACGAUCAGCAACCUUUCCCCAGAGGCAUUCAUCCAGCGCAUCUUCUCACCCUGGCGUCCUGGGUCCGUCGAGUGGGAGCCCGAGAGGUAGCGAUGCCGCGAGCGAUCAGAGCGAGGCGACCCGGAAGCAAAUACACCAGAAGUUUGGGCGACUGGUGUUGAACGACCAAAGUGGGAGCCGAAGAUAUGUCAGCAACGGCUUCUGGGCAAAGCUUAACGACGAGCUCGAUUCUAUUCGAGAAGAGACGCAAAAACUUACCGACGAGGAUUUCGACGACUCAGAUUAUGAGGAGACUCCAGAUAGUUCCCCCUCAUUGGUGGUCCCGGCAGAUCACCACUCCUUCAUCUUUGGAUACCGCUCAGCAGAUGUCAACCUCGAGAAAUGCCGCCCUCUACCCUCUCACAUUCCGUUCUUGUGGUCCGUCUACCAGGAGAACGUAGAACCGCUUAUCAAGGUGCUACAUAUUCCGUCAAUGGAGCCGAUAUUCCGUGACGCGAGGAAGAACCACGAGCAGCUCUCACCUGGAAACGAAGCUCUGGUGUGGGCGAUCUAUUACGCUGCUAUCACUUCACUGGAACCCGAGGAGGUUCGAGCCAACCUUGGCGUCAACAAGGAAGACGUCCUUACGCAAUAUCGUUUCGCUGUCGAACAAGCCCUCGCAAAGGCCAAUUUCCUCAACUCAUCCGACACUUCGAUAAUCCAAGCCUUUGUCAUAUUCCUCGUCGUGGUCAGGCGUCAAGAUGAAAGCCGCUUUUGUUGGUCCCUGACCGGGUUGGUGGUUCACCUCGCCCAGGGCAUGGGUCUUCAUCGAGACGGAUCACACUUUGGACUGAGCCCCUUUGAGACGGAAAUGAGGAGACGUCUCUGGUGGGCAUUGCUCGUACUCGAUCUACGGUCCGCAGACGAACUAGGCACUGAUCUCAUCAUUGGAGAUCUAUUCUACGACACCCAGAUGCCCAGUAACAUCAACGACGCUGAUAUCAACCCAGAGACAACAGAAUUCCCUGAGCCGAGGGAGGGCCGCUCUGACUGCGCGGUAGCUCUGGUUCGCUAUGAAAUUUGCAGUCUCUCAAGACGCCUUCUCCGAGCUGCAUCAGCAUCAGCUUCGUUCUGCCCCAAGGGGGCACCGCUCGCUAAUCUCGGGCUCGUAGAACGAGAGCAGAUGCUAAUCGAAGUAUAUCAAAGAGUUGAGGGCAGGUUCUUUAAGCAUGUGAUGGAUGAUACGGACCCCUUGUACUGGAUGGCAGGCAUGAUUGCCCGCAUCAUCAUGGCCAAGAUGUGUCUCGUUAUUUAUCAGCCCAUGCUAUUCCCCGGUUCGGACGGCGAGCUUUCGGCCGAAGCCAGACAGCGUGUCUACGUGGCGGCGAUCGAGAUUAUCGAGUACAACCACAUUCUCAACACGGAUUCGAGAUGCAAGCAGUACAGAUGGCUGUUCAAGACAUACACAAACUGGCACGCCAUGGCGUAUUUCCUCAUUGAGAGCUGUCGCCGUCCGUGGACGCCUCUCGUGGAACGUGGGUGGCAGGCGCUCAACGGCUAUGAGGGACACCCAGCCGAAUACGUCCGCUCCGCCGAUUAUACGUCUGUCAUCCUACCCAUACGGAAACUAUACUUUAGAGCUGGCAAGCACCGAGCCACAGAGAUUGCCCGUCUUCGCAGCAACCCCGAAGAGGCACGUCGUGUGGAGUUUGAGGAGCGGAUGAACCCAGCUCAAACGUCAUUUGAAAUGAUACCGGCCGGUGAGGACAAGAUGGAUCAAAUGAGGGGGAGGUGGAGGACCCUAGUGCGAUCAGAUGGAAGCAACGUGCCCAUAUCUACACCAGCCGAGCUGAGCCCUAUGGCACCUCCAGCGAUGCUUCAGCCAGGACCGCCAACAUCACAAUCACGACCUCGAACACCCGCAGCAAACGAGGUUCCAUCAAACAUCAACCUCUCGGAAACCACUAUGGGGCUCAUGAACGAACUAAUGUCACAAACUACGAAUUUCCCCAUGACGACAUUUUAUCCAUUGAACGAGAUCGGAUCGGCCGAGAUGAGAGCCGCCGCAUCAACAGGUUCAAUGAGUACACCAGGCAUGACGGCUGCUCAACUACCCCAGCAACAACAGACGCAGCUUGGGGGACUAGGUCAGCCGUUUUCUCAGCAGCCACUACAGCUGCCCAAGGACGACAACCCACCCCCAUACCUCUGGCCUGAUCCAUAUCCAGCCAUGGACGACAACUUUGACAACACAGGAGGCGAUGAUGUCGACAUGCUGGGUGACGACUUUAACUGGCAAGAUUGGAGUCAAAGUAUUCGUGGCUUGGAGAUGGAGAGCACGCAGGGGCAGAAGGGAUGGUGA